GAGUAUCCUGUCGGAGAAUUUGGUAAAGCAAAACAUUCGGGGGUUUGAUACUCACGUGGCACGACAGGAUUCCACGGGUAACAAGAUUAUUAUCGAAACCAUUACUACUACAACUUGUGGGGAGAUGCUAUAAAUGGUGUAGUUCCAUAUUCCUCUUUUGGUACUGGGUCCUCCUUUUGAUAUGCCCCCAAGAAUCUUUGUAAAUACUCCAUAGCUUUUCCCUUUCAGUUAAACCAUCAUAUAGGAAUAAUACACACCCAAAGCAGGGAAAAAAAAGAGGAGAGAUGGAGGAGAAUAAAGCUGUGAAAUCCAGCAGGUUCAAAAGGGUUUGUGUGUUUUGUGGAAGCAGCUCCGGUAAGCGAAACUGCUACCGUGAUGCUGCACUUGAGCUUGGAAAAGAACUGGUCUCUAGGAGGUUGGAUCUUGUUUAUGGUGGAGGAAGUGUGGGGUUAAUGGGUUUGGUUUCUCAGGAAGUCCAUCGAGGUGGUGGUCAUGUUUUAGGAAUUAUCCCCAAAACUCUGAUGAGCAAAGAGAUAACAGGGGAAACGGUAGGAGAGGUCAAACCUGUCACGGACAUGCACCAAAGGAAAGCUGAAAUGGCACGCCAUUCUGACUGUUUCAUCGCCUUACCAGGUGGAUAUGGAACCCUUGAAGAGUUAUUAGAAGUCAUAACAUGGGCCCAGCUAGGAAUCCACGACAAACCUGUCGGGUUGAUUAACGUGGAUGGCUAUUAUAAUUAUCUGCUUACCUUCUUGGACAAAGCCGUGGAUGAUGGCUUUAUUAAACCACCACAACGUCAUAUCGUCGUCUCUGCUCCCACCGCAACAGAACUUGUCCAAAAACUUGAGGAAUACGUGCCAAUGCAUGACGGAGUUGUUGCUAAGGCAAGUUGGGAGGCUGAACAAUUGGAGCUCAACUCUUCUUUGCAAACUGAAAUUGCUUGUUAAUUUCUCUUUUCUAAUUUUCUAUGAUUUUUCUGCAAAUGUAAGUAUUCAACUGGCUAGGUUUACCCUGCGGAUGAGUAGCAAGUGCUGGGGAUGGUAAUUUCAUUGUCAUAUGCUCACUCUGUAAAAGUAGCAAGGGAAAGAACACCAAAAAAAGGCAUCUUUUUUAUUCUCUUUUCCGAGUCUGUUGUUAGUGUUGGCUGUGCUGAUAAGAUAACCUCUUGUUUCAUUGUUGAAGUUUGGCGGUAAUGAUUCAAUAAUGGAGUGCUUUUCUUCUUGUUUAA